CCAUUACCUUAUAGUGUUAUCAGACAGGUUCACUAUCUGGUUCGCUUGGAUAUGCUAACCACCCGUAGUUCUAUAUAUCGCUUGAGGAGUCUUGUGGAUGUAUUGAAGACCACGAAUCAUAAACGACCUACAUUUGUAUCGGGAAUGGCAACCCAAGAUCGACAUGACGCUUUUUGCAACCCAGAAGUCCAAAACAUGUUACUGGACUUGCACAAAUUAAUGAUUCAAAGCUUAGUAGAUGCGGAAAGGAAAAGAACACCAGUCUGCAACUUCAAGCAACCUGAGGAGUUGCUGAGGUCACUGGAUUUUGAGAUUGGGAAAGACCCUGUGGCGUACGAUGUGAUAUUGAAAAUCUGUGAAAAUGUGAUGAACCACAGUGUGAAAACGGCAAGUCCUCGUUUCAUGAACCAGUUAUACAGUGGUAUCAACCCAAGCUGUCUGGCAGGAUCAUGGGUGACGGAAACCUUGAACACUAAUCUGCAUACUUAUGAAGUUGCACCAGUAUUUGUUAUGAUGGAGAAAUACAUGAUGAAGAAGCUUACUAGUAUGGUGGGAUAUGAAAAUGGUGAUGGAGUAUUGUGUCCAGGUGGAUCUUUUGCAAAUAUGCUUGGAAUGCAUUUAGCACGACUGAAGAUCGACCCAGACAUAAAAUUUGCAGGGAUGGGGAGCCAUGGGAAACUAGUCAUAUUCGCAUCAACAGAAGCGCACUACUCCAUAGAAAAGGGGGCUAGUUUCUUAGGAUUUGGACAAAACAAUGUAGAAAGAAUAGAUACAGACGAAAGAGGGAUAAUGAAUCCAUGUGAUCUGGAUAGAAAGUUAAAGAUCUGCAGAGAUGAGGGAAAGAUUCCUGCUUUUGUUAUGGCUACAACAGGAUCAACUGUUCUGGGAUCAUGUGAUGACUUGAAUGCAGUAGCAGAUAUUUGCGAGAAACACGGAGUCUGGAUGCAUGUGGACGCUGCCUGGGGCGGAGGCGUUAUAUUAUCGGAUAAGUACCGGGAUUUGAUGAACGGAGUUCACAGGGCAGAUUCAGUUGCUUGGAAUAUCCAUAAAAUGAGUACGGGUCUCAUCCAGUGCUCAUUGUUUCUAACAAAGAAAAAGGGAUUUUUGGAGGAAUGUAACAGGUUCAAUGCUGAAUAUCUGUUUCAACCGGACAAGCAUUAUGAUGUAUCCUAUGACAUUGGAGAUAAAACUGUGCAGUGUGGACGUAAAGUGGACAUACUCAAGUUGUGGUUAAUGUGGAAAUCCCGGGGUGAUAAUGGAAUGGCAGAACAGAUUGAGCUUUCCUUCACAAAUGCCAAGUAUCUAACAGACCAACUGAAAAAAAGGGAAGGAUUUCGUCUAGUUCUUCCUCAGUUUCAGUGUCCUAAUAUUUGUUUCUGGUAUAUUCCUGAAAGACUUAGAGGAAAAGAAGAAAAUCCAGAAUGGUGGACUGAAAUAUCAAAGAUUGCUCCUCAAAUCAAACGGCGAAUGAUGGAAAACGGGACGAUGAUGAUUGGUUAUAAUCCAUUGACAUCGAAAGGAUAUGUCAACUUUUUUCGGGUUAUCAUAACAAAUCCAAUGACAACUAAGGAAGACUUGGAUUUCAUACUCGACGAAAUGGAUCGACUUGGAAAACAAUUGUAGCUUUGUCAAUAAUCAUAAAGAAAAUGAAAUGUCAAUUAUGAAUAUGAUGUUUCUUAUAUAUUGUUACUAAUCAAACUAUACGACAAUAUGUACAAAACAACUCCUCCUUCAACUUUUGAUGAUUUUAAUAUUUUUAGAUUGGUAAUAUCAAUUACAUUAUCAUGCAUAAUAUAUGUGAAUCGAUUUUCUCUUUCAUUGGAAAUGCUAUAAUCUUCUACAGUUUGAGUUUGCUUACAAUGAUCCUUUGGGAUCGAGGGAAUGGAUCAUCAAUUCGUGCAAAUAGUUACUGUUGCUUGUAUGGUUUUUUUUUUAUUUGACCUCGUACGAAUAAAGUUUAUAUAUACUGUAA